GGCCUCUUACCGUAGGUACUCUCCUACCUGGCUUAGCUCACCUUGACGUAAUGAGGGCUUACCACAUUCAUUCUUAGUGCCUAGUAUUACACGGGUAGUCACUACGCCAAACUCACUCACACCGUUGCAAAGGGUUGGUAUACGAGCUGUACGCGAAAAACAAGCUAUCCAGCAACCAUGCUUCUGAGCGGUACGGCCAGCAACCAAUGAGCCUCGACCGAGCGAUCGCCCUCGCCCAGGCGGCCGUCGCGGCCGACCGCAAGGGCGACCGAAGCGCCGCCAAGGACUGCUUCGUCGAGGCCGCCUCGCAACUGCUCGCCGUCGUCAAGGCCGAGCCCGACCGGACGAAGGCCGCCAAGCUCGCGCAGCGCAUGGAGUCCUACGUCGCGCGGGCGGAGCAACUCGCGGCCGUCUCGAAACCGCCGCCGCCGCCGCCGAAGCGGCAGCCACCACGGGCGCGCGCGUCGACGACGGCCAACUACUUCUCGGCCGACGCCGCCUUCCGAAGAGACGUCGAGACGGCGCGGCAGGCGUGCCGGGCCAUCGAGCGCCAAGCGAGCGACUACGCGGACGCGGGCUUCGGGGGCCGCAGGGCCCUGGGGCGCGGCAAGGGCACGGAGGCGGUCGUCGGCUGGCGGCGCGCGCGCGAACUGGCCGACAAGGUCUUCGACGGCGACCCGAGCCCGCGCGACGUCGACCAGGGCGCGCGGCGCGGUGCAGAAUGCACACCGUGAAAUAUGCUCGGGCGCGCCCGACGUUCUGGUCGAUGCCACGCAGGCGCUCGGCGACUGCUGGCUCCUGUCGUCGCUCAGCGUCCUCGCGCACUUCCCGGAGCUCGUGCGGCGGGUCCUCGCCACGCCCCGUGCAUGAAUCAAACUGUCGCGACGCGUCUCCACCACGGCUCACUCAUGGCCUCCACGCCAUCGACGCGAUGCCAGCUCGAUGGCGUGGCGGUGGGGGUCUCUCACCGCUCGAUUCGGUCAGCACGGGCACCCGACUCACUGGUUGAUUACGCACAGGUCACGCCCGACCUGUCCGCGCGGGGCGUCUACGCGUGCCGGCUGUGCCGGGCGGGCGAGUGGCGCGUCGUCUACGUCGACGAGCUCCUCCCCGUCCGGCGGGACGGGCGGGCGGCCUUCUGCCAGGUCGCGACCGCGCUGUGGCCCGCGCUCGUGGAAAAGGCGCGGCCCCGGCGUCUGAUGUCGCGGCGAUGGCGCACUGCGACACUCCAACCGCUCGCGAACGCAGGCGUGCGCAAAGAUCUUUGGGUGUUAUAGCGCCCUGGACCAGGGCAACGCGGCCGAGGCGCUCGGGCUCCUCACGGGGCUGCCGACGGACGUCGUGCCGUGCCAUCGUCCCGGCCUCUGCGAAACGCUGGAGCGGGCCCACGGCGCGGGUUUCGUGCUGAGCGCGUCGUGCGGCCGGGACGACGUCCCGGAGGGCGCCUUCGAGCGCGUCGGGUUACUCUCGGCCCACGAGUACGCCAUCCUGAGGAUCGCUGCCCUGCCGGACGGCCGCCGCUUGAUUCAGUUGCGGAAUCCGUGGGCGCGCGGCGAGUGGCGGGGGGCCUGGUCGCGGCACGCGCCGGAGUGGCGCUCCCUACCGGCGUCGGUGGUGGCGGCCUGCAACCGCCGGGGGUCGCUCGAUCGGGACGACGGCGUCUUCUGGAUGGAGCCAGGAGACUUCGCGCGGCACUUCCGCGAGGUGACGGUCUGCCGCCUGCGGCGGAACUUCGCGCAGGCGCGGUGGCCCGUCGACACGCCGAAGUCGCUGGACGCGCCGGCCGCGGCCUUCGAGAUUUGUUGCACGAGGGAUACGACGCUCGACGCCGCGCUCCUCCAGCGGACGGGCCGCGGCCUGGGCCCGCACCACGUCAUGGGCGACGCGCUCCUGCUGAUCUUCGAGAGUGAUCGGGACUUCUCGCGCGCGAGCCUCGUGGACGGCCGCGCGACGCUCGCGAGGGCGGCCGUGACGCAGCGGUCGACGCUGCCGCCGGUCGCCGCGCCGGGCGUCCUAGAGCUGCGGGCGGGCCGCCGGUACGCGGCCGUGCCGCUGUGUUUCAAUUGGAGAUGCCUGGGCCUCGCGCGCCAGCUCACGGCGGUCCUCUACUCGUCCCGCGAGCUCGAGGACGUGCGCGCGCUCGGGCUCACGGCCGACGCGGUCGCGGCGUGCCUGCGAGCGGCCAUCUUGGACGGCGGCGCCUUGCUCUCGUCGAAGCAGGACGCCUCCACGAAGAUCUACGAGCUCGACGGGCUCUUCCUCGCCGAGAACCACGCGCGCGACGCCCACGUGACGGUGAAGCUCGGGCUCGGCCGCGCCGAGAACCUCAUUAGCUCGCGUCACGGCGGCGUCAUCGACCCUAGUAAACCGGGCUCUACGUACAACGUCGAGGACACGCUCCCCGCGAAGACGUGGCAGCUCCUGUUGGUUCGGUCGCCCUUCAAGGGCUCCUGGGCCAUCGAAAACACGUCCGUCAGGUGGUCCGUCGCCGCCGGCGCGCGCGAGCGGCACCUCCCGCCCGUGGCGCCGGGCGGCCUCCACGCGUGUUACGCGCUCGCCGCCGCCGCCUAGUUUUCUUCUAAUGGUGAAUUGUGUUAAAA